AGAUGAUGAUGAUAUUAGGAUGUGUUUGUAAACAAAGAAAUUGAGAGAAUUCAAAAAAGACUGGAGGCGAUCCCGAGUUCUAUCCUGCGAUGAGGAUUUCCUCAGGGAGGAUCAGAUGACACAGCGCUCAGUCAGCUCCGUCCAUGUUGCAGUUUCCCAGUCAGAUUCGGCCUCCGGUUUUAGGUCCGUGGGGUGGGGGGGAUCCUCCUCUGAUUGACGAGUAUUUCGAGGACCUUAUGUGAUCAGUUCGUCGAUCCCUGUCGCAUUGUGUAUCGCACCAUAGCCUUUAAGGGUCCAGGAUCGAACUUCCAGCGCGCGAUGAAUAAAGCCUUGGAGCGUGAAUUGGAGAAAUGCGUCUGGCUCGUCAAAGAAGAAAGGUUGAGGCUCGGAGCCAAUGAAUUGAGCGAGAGACAUCGAAACAACAUCAGGGAGCUCGUCGAUGAAUUACAAAUCAACUGCCGAGAAUACGCGAAACUCGACGGGAGAGGGAGCUCAGAUCGCCGAAAAACCGCCCUAAGGUACUCUCGUCUUUUUCAAAAAGCUAUUGACGAGUACGUCACAACGACUCAACUGACGAAGCCAACAUCAGACUACUUAGAUGCUCUCGAGCGAUUGCAAGAAAACAUCGUGGAAGUUCUUAGGUUUCAACAGCGAAAGCAGUGUGCAAUCCGUAAUGCGGAACCCAGUCCGUGCGAGUGCUUCGCUCGAGAGAAGAAGAAAAAAGAAGUCUUGGCGUUAGUCGAAGAGGUUGCCGAGCGCCAAAACCUGAGGAGGUGUCAGCAAACUCAAACAGAAGCAGACAUUGCUGCCAAGGAGAGUCAAACUCAUCUAGAAACCGCAGAAGAAGGAGUACAAUUUGCUGUUGAGCAGAAGUCAGUCGGAGUAGGGGAUUCUAUCCUCAUCGACGAUUUGCCCCAUUUAACAUCGUCGAGCAACUCCACUGAUCCAUCAUCAUCAGCGGAGCUUUCUUUGGGCAAUCUCCUCCUACAAUUCCGGAAAGUCAUGCGGGAUGAAGUUGCAACGACGACGGAACAAGCAGAACCUCGACCGAAAUCUGCCCGCAUCCGUUUUGAAAAAUUGCAUAGAAUGCUCGAUGAAUCAGGUCUGUCGGGAGCAUCGGAUGUGGACAACAGCGAGCGCCAAUAA